AAUCACUAAGGGUCGAAGUACAUCGUCUGGGUCAUAAGAAACACAGUGCUCUGCUCAUAUGAAAACUGCAAUAAAAGGAAAUACACCCGAACCCUCCCACCCUAACCCAUGCUGCUGCUGUUCAAGUGUCGCUUGUGCAUUAUUUUUGACCGCCUGCUGCAUUUGGUGGGCGCGCGCGCGCACGUUAGGGUGUCGAGCGCAAUAAAGCAGUAGCCGCACAGGAGAGAAACCCGAAUAUCCAGCAACUGCCCAAUAUACGAACUUGACCACGAGGAAAGCUGUAGACUGAAAUAUGCAGCCGCUGAAGAACACGAAAGGAAACCAGCCUGUACGGUGAUAUGCCCCUCGCUCACAGACUGGCGCGGAUGGAGACGAUGGCAGAGUCUGAGAACGUGAGUUUCUCCAACUUUACCAGGCUGGAGAAUGUCGGCGCUGCGAGUAACUUUCAUGCGCUGCGCUUCUUGAUGUCGCUCGUCUACUCGUUUGUGUGCGCCGUGGGUCUGGUUGGCAACGUGCUGGUUUUUUACCUGAUGAGGUCUCGGCAGGGAAGGAGGUCGUCCACGAUCAACCUGUUCAUCCUGAACUUGGCGGCUACAGACUUCCAGUUUGUGCUGGUCUUGCCAUUCUGGGCUGUGGAAACCGCGCGUGAUUUCAGCUGGCCGUUCGGCCACGUCAUGUGCAAAGUGGUACUCUCUGUCACGGUGAUGAACAUGUACGCGAGCGUGUUCUUCCUCACGGCCAUGAGCAUCACGCGCUACUGGGCAGUGGCGUCCGCGCUGAAGGACCGCAGUCAUCACUGUGUCUCCUCGGGCCGCUGGGCGAGCGCGCUGCUUUGGCUCUUCGCCACAAUCGCCACAACACCCACCAUCAUCUACUCCACAGAGAAGGAAGUGUUCGGGGAAAACCUGUGCUUAAUAAGUUUCCCAGGUGGCAACCACUGGCUCGGCUUGUACCACUUGCAAAAAGUUUUAAUCGGCUUCGUUUUCCCUAUGCUGAUUGUGUGCGUGUGUUACGUGCUGCUCCUGCGCUUUUUAAUCCUUCGCAGCAUGAACAACAACCUUCCCAGGCGGAAAUCGAGGGUCACUCGAUCAGUUACAGUCGUAGUGCUCUCGUUUUUCAUCUGCUGGAUGCCAAACCAAGCCGUGACUUUUUGGGGCGUCCUGGUGAAACUGGACGUCUUGCAAUUUGACCAAACGUACUACAUGGUCCAAACGUACUUUUUCCCAGUGACUGCUUGCCUGGCGCACGCCAACAGUUGCUUGAACCCUGUCUUGUACUGCCUUACGAGAAGGGAGUUUAGGAAAAUGCUCAAAGACUUGUUUUGGAGGAUUUCCUCUCCGUCGAUGUCUAACAGCUGCCAGAUUCGCCCGUUCUCGGGCAGUGUGAAAGGAGAGCGCGAGGACAGCCAGGCAGUUAUUCCACUCAAUGUAGUAGAAAACGAGCAGUACAGACUGUCUUUGUUUAAUGCUCAGUGCGACACCAUCCCCACAGCUCAUGGCUCGCUAUGAAGGCAAAAAAGAAAGACAAAAGGAUUGCAAUGAAAUUACAAUUGUACAGUUUGGCUACCAAGUCAUGUAGUGGUGAAGUAUUGAAUUAACGCUUCGUUUUCUUCAAAAUGUACAUUAGAUCCUCUUUAGAGGAGCAGUCCAUACAGCCAAUUAACACACGCAUGUACAUAAUUAACACAUAACAGUGUAAAGGCUUUUAUUAAAGUAACCCGUGCAGUGCGCAUUUGUGUUCACUCUGACAUGUAUAAAAUGCUUAUUGCUGCUUUAACACAUUAGAUGUUAACUCAAAAGCUUGGCUUCUUGGCUGUUAUCAGAAAAUGCUUAAUAUGUAUAUCCUUUGCAUUUUCCCCAGUGGUACACACACACACACACACACAGAACCUGUUUUGGUGUACAGUGAAAUCUGUUUUGGUGUACAGUGAAAUGUUAAUAAACCUGUUCUUGAACUCAGAGCUGUUGUUUACAUUACAUUUGUAUUUGGAGGAAACGUUUACUAACUAAAUCUGCCAAACAAUUAUAUUCAGUGUUGUGUAAAUGUCCAAGCAUAUUAAUGUCCUAGUGAUUACAAUCUAAAUAGACCUAAAUUCCUUAAUUUAUCGUUUGUAAUAUAUAUGAAAUAUAUUCUUCACUCUUUAAACUUCUGCCUUGAAAAUCUUGUGUCAUAAAAUAUGCAUAUAUUCUUAUUAAUCUGAUGGUUCUGCCCCGAGGGAAAUGAAUGUACACACUCUGACUAGGCUUCUGAUUGUAAUGUGAGUAAUAAAGUCUUAUCUUAUCGA